AUGAUGGAAGGUUCUGAGAAUGAUAGCUUCACCGACAUUUUGCUUUCUUGGUCUCUUGAAGAUAUUGUUAGCGACAAUCUUUACAAGCUCAAGAAUUAUUUUGGGUCUUUUUCGUAUCCAUUACUAGACGAAACUCGAGCUCAGUUACAUUCCAGUAUGGAAACUCUGGACAGAGCACCAUUCGGUGAAGUAACUGCUAUAGAAGAAUCGAAGCCAUAUGGAAAAAAGCUAUAUGAUGUCGAGGUUGAUUACUGGAGAAACAUGUCCAGUGAUUCCUGCAAGGAACCAUAUAAAACUCUGCCUGGACAUGUUUUUUUACUGUCAGAUGCUAAACCCGAAAGUAUUUCAGAUAUACAGGAGUCAAAGAAAUCAUGGGCAUUUCUGAUAGUCACUGAAGUGUCCAAUCGUUCUUUUAAAGUUAAAGCAUCGAAAGAGCUUCAAGUCUCCAAUGGCAUUCAGGCAUCUCUCCUUAUGGUUUUCUUAAUUAAUAUAACUCCUAACAUCAGAAUAUGGAAAGCAAUCGACAAUAACAAAAGUGCUAGAUGGAAGGUCCUUUUCAGUGACAACUUUUUGAAAUCAUUCAAAAAACUGAAGUCAUUCCGAGUGAAGAUGUCAUUGCUGUUUCUUCUGCUUAAGCUUUCGAAAAUUUAA